AUGGAUGACCUUGAUUAUACUUCAGAGCAAAAACUAAAAGGGGCAGUGUCUUUACUGUGUGAUGAAGCCUACCAGUGGUGGCUCACUGUGAGAGAAGCCUUUUCAGGGAAGUAUAUAGGAGCAAGUUAUGUAGACACCCGAAGGAAGGAAUUUAUGAAUUUGACUCAGGGGAAUAGAAUCGUGGCAGAGUAUGAGGCAGAGUUUCUACGGUUGAGUCGGUAUGCACGCGGGAUAGUUACUACUGAAUAUGAACACUGUGUGAGGCCUAUAAAGAGGGCCAGGUUUGAUGGGCCAGUCCGAGCGGUUCCUGGUAUUGUUGCAAGACCACAGCCUUGUGCCAACUGUGGGAGAGCUCACCAGGGUGAGUGUUGGAAACGAACUGAGGCAUACUUUAGAUGUGGGUCUAUGGAUCAUCAGGUUAAGAACUGUACUCAGGGGUUUACUCAGAUGCAAGCUGUAAGACAGGGUCAUGUUCAGUUUGUGAAAGUGGUCAGCAGCCACCGAGAGGCCGAGGACAGGCCAGAGGUGGAAACAGGUUUGGUUGGGGUCGUAAAGCACCAGACAGAGAUGCUGGAAACACUGAGGUUUACACACUCGUAUGUUGUGUGCACUGUGUCUGAGACGUUGGCUAUUCAGUCUGAAAAUACAGUUAGUAAAAUGAUUGUGUUGAGUCCACUAGGACAACCGAUUGGGGUGAGUAAGUUGUUCAGAGAUGUGCCCUUAGAAGUCCGAGGGGUGGUCUUUUCAGCAGAUUUGAUGAAACUACUGUUUAGGGAAUUUGAUAUUAUAUUGGGCAUGGAUUGGCUAGUGAAACACCGUGCGAAAUUGGAUUGUGCUGCUAAGUGUUUGGUGUUGAAGUCUAUGGAGGAUGAGGAGCUGGUUCGCAAAGGUUGCAAGGCGUUCCUAGCAUAUAUUAGUAUUUCUGAUUCUAAAGGUCCUUCUAUGGGAGAUGUCAGAACUGUCAAAGAGUUUUUAGAUGUAUUUCUUGAAGAGCUUCCGGGAUUGCCUUUAGAUUGUGAGGUUGAAUUCAGUAUUGAACUCCUACCUGGAACAGCUUCGGUGUCCAUUGCCCCUUAUAGGAUGGCACCGAAAGAGCUGGUGGAGCUAAAGGCUCAAAUCCAAGAGCUAUUGGAUCGAGGAUUCGUUCAACCGAGUGUGUCUCCAUGGAGAGCACUGGUGUUACUUGUGAAGAAGUAG